CCUCAGUUAAGAGGGAAUUGAGUGCGCAGAGUAGCGUUCAAUUGCUUUGCGCUUGUUCGAUAUCAGGGGUAAACCAUGUGUCCCGACGCGAUAAAACCUACGUUGAGAGGAAGUUAUAUCCUCCUCGAGGAUGGGACCGUGUUGCGUGGCCGAGGAUUCGGUGCCGCGGUUCCCGUCGACGGAGAAGUCGUUUUUCAGACGGGUAUGGUCGGUUACCCCGAAUCGUUGACGGAUCCUUCGUAUCACGCCCAGAUUUUGGUGCUCACCUAUCCAUUGAUCGGGAAUUACGGGCUCCCGGACGAUCAGAAAGAUCCGCACGGUCUGCCUUACUGGUUCGAAUCCCACCGAAUAUGGGCCGCCGGUUUGGUAGUUGGGGAACUUUGCGAGACCCCGAGUCAUUGGCGGCAAACGAGGACCUUGUCCGCAUGGAUGGAGGAGCAAAAUGUUCCCGGUAUUUGCGGGGUGGACACCCGGGCCCUUACGAAGAUAAUCAGGGAGAAGGGCAGCAUUCUCGGAAGAAUCGUGAUAAGCGGUUCGACUCCGGAUCCCGAGGAGCCGCUUCCAGCUCUGUCGGAUCCCAACGAGAGAAACCUCGUCGCCGAGGUGUCGAUUAAAAAACCCGUGACGUACAAUCCCACGGGACAGCCGAGAAUCUGCGCCGUUGACUGCGGCUUGAAAUACAACCAGAUAAGAUGCUUCGUGAACAGGGGUGCUCGCGUCGACGUGGUACCUUGGGAUCAUCCCCUGGACGAUGUGGACUUCGACGGUCUCUUCGUCAGCAACGGUCCCGGAGAUCCCGUGGUUUGUGAGAAGACGGUGGACAACAUUCGCAAGGUUUUGGCUAAGGGUGGAAAACCGAUAUUCGGAAUAUGUCUGGGACAUCAAUUACUGUCGGUAGCCGCCGGGGCCAAAAGUUACAAAAUGAAAUACGGAAAUCGCGGUCACAAUCAACCGGCGACUCAUCACGGAACCGGUAGGUGUUACAUGACGUCACAGAAUCACGGUUACGCGAUCGACGCCACAAAUUUACCACCCCAUUGGGAAGCGCUUUUCACGAAUGCCAACGACCAGACCAACGAAGGUAUAGUUCACGAGUACUUGCCCUAUUUCUCGGUGCAAUUUCAUCCGGAACACACCGCCGGUCCUCAGGACCUCGAAUGUUUGUUCGACGUGUUCUUGGACACGGUGAAUAAUUCACCGAACGGUAUGACCGUCAAGGAGAGACUCACCGAGCGUUUGAGAUACAAUUCCUGUCCGUCGACGGGAAUCCAGAGGCCCAGGAAGGUCCUGAUCCUGGGAUCCGGGGGUUUGAGCAUAGGUCAGGCCGGGGAAUUCGAUUAUUCGGGUUCGCAGGCGAUCAAGGCUCUACAGGAAGAGAAAAUCCAAACCCUCUUGAUCAAUCCGAACAUAGCUACCGUACAGACGUCCAAGGGUAUGGCCGACAAGGUCUACUUCCUACCCAUUAUUCCCGAAUACGUCGAGCAGGUCAUCAAGGCGGAGAGACCCGACGGAGUUCUACUGACCUUCGGGGGUCAGACGGCCCUCAACUGCGGAGUGGAACUCCAGAGGGCAGGGGUCUUCGAACGCUACAACAUAGAGAUCCUAGGCACCCCGAUUCGUUCGAUCAUAGAAACCGAGGAUCGGAAACUCUUCGCCGAGCGGGUGAACGAGAUCGGCGAAAAGGUGGCACCCAGUGCCGCGGUGUACGACAUCCAAGAGGCAUUGGAGGCUGCGCAAAUAUUGGGCUACCCGGUGAUGGCGCGAGCCGCUUUUUCGCUCGGCGGUCUCGGUUCCGGUUUCGCCAACAACAAGGACGAGUUGAAAAUCCUGGCACAACAGGCACUCGCCCAUUCCAAUCAACUGAUAAUAGACAAGUCGUUGAAGGGUUGGAAGGAGGUGGAGUACGAGGUGGUCAGGGAUUGCUUCGACAAUUGCAUAACCGUUUGCAACAUGGAGAACGUCGAUCCACUCGGUAUUCACACGGGCGAAUCGAUCGUCGUCGCACCGAGUCAAACACUGAACAACAGGGAGUACAACAUGCUGAGAACAACGGCGAUCAACGUGAUCAGACACUUCGGGGUUGUCGGAGAGUGCAAUAUACAGUACGCUCUGAAUCCCAUAUCGGAAGAAUACUACAUCAUAGAAGUGAACGCGAGAUUGUCCCGGAGUUCCGCACUGGCGAGCAAAGCCACCGGAUACCCCCUCGCCUACGUUGCGGCGAAACUCGCCCUCGGCAUCCCCCUACCGGACAUAAAAAAUUCCGUAACCGGAAAAACCACCGCCUGUUUCGAGCCCAGUCUCGACUACUGCGUCGUCAAAAUACCCAGAUGGGAUCUCAGCAAGUUCCAAAGAGUCAGCACCAAGAUCGGGAGUUCGAUGAAGAGCGUGGGCGAGGCAAUGGCGAUCGGCAGGAAAUUCGAGGAGGCUUUCCAGAAGGCUCUCCGAAUGGUGGACGAAAACGUGAACGGUUUCGAUCCCUACGUCAAACCCAUUGACGACGAGGACCUCGAGCGACCUACCGACAAAAGGAUGUUCGUACUCGCGGCCGCUCUUAAAGCCGGUUACUCGAUCGACCGACUUUACGAACUCACGAAAAUCGACAGAUGGUUUUUGGAAAAAAUGAGAAAUAUAACCAGCUACUACACCCUGUUGGAAGACCUCGAUCCCACCAAAUUGUCGCACGACGUUCUCCUGCGCGCCAAGCAAAUCGGAUUCUCCGACAAGCAAAUCGCGACAGCGGUGAAGAGCACGGAACUGGCGGUCCGCAAACAGAGACAGGAGAGCAACAUAGGGCCGUACGUCAAACAAAUCGACACGGUGGCCGCCGAAUGGCCGGCUACUACAAAUUACUUGUAUUUGACCUACAACGGCAACAAGCACGACCUUCAAUUCCCCGGGGGUUACACGAUGGUCAUAGGUUCCGGGGUGUACCGGAUCGGAAGUUCCGUCGAAUUCGACUGGUGCGCGGUCGGAUGUCUGAGGGAAUUACGCCGUUUGAAUCGAAAGACGAUAAUGGUGAAUUACAAUCCGGAAACGGUCAGUACCGAUUACGACAUGUGCGAUCGCCUCUACUUCGAGGAGAUAUCGUUCGAAGUGGUGAUGGACAUCUACGAUCUCGAGAAUCCCGAGGGUGUGAUUCUUUCCAUGGGGGGUCAACUGCCUAACAACAUCGCCAUGGAUCUUCACAGACAGCAGGCGAGGAUCCUGGGAACGUCACCCGAGUCCGUCGACGGUGCCGAAAACCGAUUCAAAUUCUCUCGCAUGCUCGACAGAAUCGGCAUAUCCCAGCCGAGAUGGAAGGAGUUGACGAAUCUGCAGUCGGCCAUCGAAUUCUGCGAACAGGUCGGCUACCCCUGCCUCGUGCGUCCUUCCUACGUCCUCAGCGGGGCCGCAAUGAACGUCGCCCAUUCGAAUCACGACCUCGAAACUUACCUGAAAAACGCGAGCAACGUGAGCAAGGAACACCCGGUGGUGAUAUCGAAGUUCAUCCUCGAGGCAAAGGAGAUCGACGUCGACGCGGUGGCCUACGACGGGGUGAUAUUGUGCAUGGCCGUUUCCGAGCACGUGGAGAACGCCGGUGUACAUUCGGGAGACGCUACUCUGGUCACUCCGCCGCAGGACAUAAACCCUCAGACUUUGGCGAAGAUCAGGGGGAUAUCGAAGGCCAUAGCGGCCUCGCUGGAGGUCACCGGGCCCUUCAACAUGCAGCUGAUAGCCAAGGACAACGAGCUCAAGGUGAUCGAGUGCAACGUGCGAGUUUCGCGAUCGUUUCCGUUCGUCUCGAAAACUCUGGAUCACGAUUUCGUGGCCAUGGCGACGCGUCUGAUCGUCGGCGAGACCGUAGAUCCCGUGGACGUUCUCGCUGGGUGCGGCAAAGUCGGGGUCAAAGUCCCCCAGUUUUCGUUCUCCAGAUUGGCGGGAGCCGACGUCACUCUGGGGGUUGAAAUGGCCUCGACGGGUGAGGUCGCCUGUUUCGGAGACAACCGGUACGAGGCUUACCUGAAGGGAAUGAUGAGCACCGGCUUCCACAUCCCCCAAAAAGGAAUUCUUUUAUCGAUAGGAAGUUUCAAACAUAAAACGGAACUGCUACCAGCCAUCACGAGUCUCCACAAAAUGGGGUACAAGCUGUACGCCAGCAUGGGAACGGCCGAUUUUUACACCGAGCACGGGGUCGAUGUGGAACCGGUGGAAUGGACCUUCGAGGACAUAGACGUAAACGAGGAUUCGAGUCCGAGCGAACUCCGUCACUUGGCGGAUUUCUUGUCUAAGAAACAUUUCGAUCUCGUGAUCAAUCUGCCCAUGAGGAACGGCGGCGCCCGCAGGGUAUCCAAUUUCAUGACCCACGGCUACAGGACGAGAAGAUUGGCCGUGGAUUAUUCCGUCCCUCUGGUAACGGACGUCAAAUGCGCGAAACUUCUUGUCGAGGCGAUAAAAAUGCUCCGCGGUCGAGCUCCGCUGAUGAAAACUCACACGGAUUGCAUGACAUCCCGUUCGAUGGUCAAGCUUCCCGGCUUCAUCGACGUCCACGUUCACGUUCGCGAUCCCGGCGCUACUCACAAAGAAGAUUUCGCCUCUUGCACCGCGGCAGCAUUGGCGGGAGGAAUCACGAUGAUAUUCGCCAUGCCGAACACGAAUCCCUCGGUCGUCGAUCACCAGACGUUCGCCGUGGCCAAGGAGAGGGCUAGCUCCGGAGCGCGUUGCGACUACGCCCUUUUCAUGGGAGCUUCUUCCGACAAUUUCGGCACAGUUCACGAAUUGGCGCCGAUGGCUGCCGGCCUCAAAAUGUACCUUAACGAAACUUACACCAGCCUGAAACUCACCGAUCUCACAGUCUGGAUAAAGCACUUCAGCAACUGGCCGAAAAAAUAUCCCUUGUGCGUACACGCCGAAGGUCAAACUACCGCGGCCGUAUUACUUUUAGCAACACUUUACAACCGACCGAUACACGUUUGUCACGUAGCCAGGAAGGAGGAGAUACAAAUAAUCGGCGCUGCCAAGGCUAAGGGGCUACCGGUCACCUGCGAAGUCUGUCCCCACCAUCUGUUCCUCUCCCAAGACGACCUCGACAGGGUGGGUCACGGAAGAGGACAGGUCAGACCUGUGCUCUGUUCGAAGGAAGACCAGCAAGCCCUUUGGGACAAUCUCAACAUCAUAGACUGUUUCGCCACGGAUCACGCGCCUCACACGGUGGAGGAAAAAUCCGGCGAAAAUCCACCGCCGGGUUAUCCGGGGCUCGAAACGAUCCUGCCGCUGUUGCUGAACGCCGUCAACGAGGGAAGAAUGACGAUGGAGGAUCUCAUCGACAAAUUUCACCGGAAUCCGAAACGGAUAUUCAACAUACCGGAGCAGCCGAACACCUACGUGGAGGUCGACAUGGACGAGGAAUGGGUGAUACCGGAAGCUAUGCCGUUCACCAAAUCGAAAUGGACACCGUUCGCCGGCACGAAGAUCCGCGGUUCCAUUCAUAGGGUGGUUCUCAGGGGCGAAGUUGCCUACGUCGAAGGGCAGGUAUUGGUGAAUCCGGGAUUCGGUCAGGACAUAAGGGAGGCACAGGCAAAAUCGAAACACGUACUCCCAACGAUCCACGGCACCGCCGCCGUCGACGGGUCCGGCAGUCGUCCCGAAUCCGCUCUGGAGGGACUCCUCUCCCCGGGACAAGAACGUCAGGAGCGUGUCGUCGCCCAUCACGAGCUCUGGGAGCACAUCGAUCAAGCGGGUGAGAACAGCCCCGUCCGUCGGAUCGUCUCGUUCGGUCCUCGAGCUUUUUUUCCUCAUUUUUGUUCUCUCGUUUCGUCGCCAGAAACGCACGGGAAUCUGCUACAGCCGGCGACGCACAAGGGGAACGUCCACUUCGCUUCGGACUCCGAGGCUAAGGAUCACGUGUUGAAAAUUCACGCUGGACAACGAAGCGCAUCGCCGAUUCCGUUCGGCAAUUUGAUCCGAAACAAGAGCGACAGUAAUCCGAAUUUGUUCGUUCAGACCGUGAAUCCUCAUCCCCAUUUGAAUCCUCAUCACGGACUCGUCGGACACGAUAUCCUCACCGCCUAUAUGUUCUCCAAGGAACAACUGAACGACAUUUUCAACCUCGCGCAAACAUUCAGGGUAUACGUCCAGAAAGAUCGACCUCUGGAUCACAUUUUGAGGGGGAAAAUCAUGGCCUCCAUUUUUUACGAAGCGAGCACCCGAACGAGUUGCAGUUUUUCGGCAGCCAUGCAACGUUUGGGCGGUCGUGUGAUUUACAUGGACGGUACGACGUCUUCGGUUAAAAAAGGAGAGACUCUCGAAGAUUCCGUCGCGGUGAUGGCCGGUUACGCGGACGUGGUGGUCCUCCGACAUCCGGAACCGGGAGCGGUGGCGCGCGCAGCUAAUCACUGCAGAAAACCGUUGUUGAACGCCGGCGAUGGCGUCGGCGAACACCCGACUCAAGCGUUGCUGGACGUUUUCACUAUCCGCGAGGAAAUCGGUACGGUCAACGGCUUGACCAUCACCAUGGUUGGCGAUCUGAAACAUGGGAGGACCGUUCACUCGUUGGCGAGAUUGCUGACUCUCUACAACGUACAGCUGAGAUACGUGAGUCCGGUAGGUCUCGAGAUGCCCGAUCACAUCGUGGAGUACGUCAACUCCCGCGGUAUACCUCAGGAGAACGUUCCGAGUCUCGAAAGCGUUCUACCCGACACGGACGUCCUCUACAUGACCCGUAUACAACGCGAGAGAUUCCCUUCCCAGGAAGAAUACUUGCAGGCCUGCGGACACUUCGUCGUCACGCCCCAAAUGAUGACCAGGGCCAAGAGGAAGAUGGUGGUGAUGCAUCCCCUGCCACGUGUCUUCGAAAUCAGUCCGGACCUCGACACCGACCCGAGGGCUGCCUAUUUCCGGCAGGCCGAGUGCGGCGUCUACGUGAGAAUGGCCCUCCUCGCCAUGGUUCUCGGCCGCUGCUGAUCGGCCGUAGAAAAUCGAACGGUCGGACGAUACCCCGCCGUCCGAUUGACUUCCGGGAUACGAUCGAACGACCGAUCGUAUCCGGAUCGUGCAUAAUUAUAUUCGGUGGUGUUCUUUCUUUUUUUUUUUUUUUUCUACUUUUUAUUUUCAUUUUCAUUUUUCGCUCCUUUUUUUUCUGUCUGUUACUCGAAAUUUUCAGCCGUACCCAAAUCGACACGCUCGGAGGCGUUAGCGGUCGUUAUCGAAAAAAUCAUGAUCCUAUCUGCGCUGGGUUUUACUACCGGAUCACCGACGAUUACCGUGACCAUAACGACUUGGCUAUAUAAAAAAAAAAAAAAACACGAAAUGAAAAUUUCUCGCCGGUGUUCGCUUUUUCUCUCUUUCGACGAGUUUUCGAAUUUUAGCGUCGCGCUUUGCGGAGGGCAGCUGAAAUCGUCGGUACGCUUUAUUUCCUAGGAGUGCGCGCAAUUAGCCAGCUGACUUUUGCUGAAGUUUGAAAUAAAAUUGAAGCAAAUUCAUAUCUCGCGUCCUUCAAACCGACGAGAAAUCCCCGCUCGCGAUAUCGCCAAUUGAUAACAAUAUGUAUCGGUGUUACCUGUUAGCGUUUAUGCCCGUUUGUACUAGUUUUCCUUUUUUUUUUUUUUUUUUUCUUUUCUUCUCCUCUUGCGGAAGACAAAAAAUUAUCCUAGGAUCGUGUUUGAUCCUAAAAUAAAUAUUUGCGAAACCGUUCGCGCAAUCGUACCCGUAUUUACUCGUCGCCUGAGGUUUAACGCGGCAGUAAAUAGGAGGAAUUCCGGAGCUCUGGAAUCAACGGGAGAAAAUUAAUUCACGUUUCCUUUAUUCUUCCAUUCUGCGGAUACCUCACUGAAAAUCGCACGUGUCGUUUGAUCGCGAUAAAUGAUUUAUCAAAAUCGUUUCAGCUUCGGUCUCAACACCCGUAGCUAUUAGUCGUCCGCGUCUCUACGAAACAAUAGCAAAUCGAGGUCCACGAUUUCACCACUUCGGACGCAAAAUCCUUAUUCUCUAAUUCUAUUUCUGUUUUUUUUUUUUCUCUUUUUCUCGCAAUCGACUUUACACGAAUCCGCGUUAACAAUCGUCACUCAGGACGUGGGACAGGUUUUUCUUUUUAACGAAAUACCAGCAACUCAUUCGCGCCUUGCACAACACAUUUGUCAAUCACGCAUAAUUUAGAAAAGACGCGAAACGGCCGUGCGAGGCACGUGUUUUUUUUUUUUUUUUUCAUUCCUUCUAAGAUACGAAACGUGAAACGAAGAAAGCUGCGGACUGUAAGGUAAAAACUUUCAAACUACCUGCGGAACGUAACACGCUUCGUCACGUGCAUUUUAAGUUCAAACUGGUUCAAAUAAAUAUGUACGCGAUUAGCUUGUACCGCGUGACGAAUUUCCAAUGAGUGGAAUGGAUUUUUUGUUUUUUCUUUUUUCUCUCUGGUAAAAUUUUGAGCAAACCCAUAUUUUACGGCGGUAGAAGAAAACGAUUCGGUACGUGGAAGAUGAAAUGAAAAUUAAUUGGAUGUGAUAGUUUUUAUAAAAGUAUUUUAAUAUCGGUACAUUUGCAUACCUGCAUAUCUACAAUUCGCACUCACAAUAUCGAUGUGCACAUUCGUUACGAUGCGUGUAUAAUACAAUAAAGAAAUACAAGUUUCUGUAUUAAACGUACAUUUUGGCUUCAGAUGCUGCAAUUUAUGUAAUAAAAUUUUUUUAUAACAUUC